AUGCUACGUUUCCUGCAAGUUUGGAUCAAGUCACAUAAUUACACUGACAGAACGUCGGUCAAUAAUCAAGAUCAGUUUGAACAUUUGUCGACAAGGACUAUAACCUUUAUACAUCUACUUCUCCCACUUGAUGGGCGGCGUGAGAGGGUCGUUCGGCCGGGGGCGACUCUGUCUACGCCACUCAUCAGGCGGGAGGCAGGGUAUGCUUCCGUUUCUGUGAUCCAGUGUUGCCAGAACACAAGAGGGAUUCAGCUUUUCCAUCGCACGCAGUCGCCAGCGCUCCAUUCUGCGGUCGGAUCCGUUCAAUAA